GAACAUGCGCAGUGAGAAAACGGAAGUGUCCGCCAAGUCUCCCAUGGUUACCAUCAACAAGUUACCAACGUUGUUCUGCCGUGAGAUAGUAACAUGUAUCAGCAUGAAGCAGUAUAUCGUUGGUCGAAGCUCACAGUAGCACUUAACAAUCAAAUUUUGCUUUUAACUGAUACUGUAGUAAUGGUAGCUCUGGAGCUUUCCAGUUAGCUAUCGUUCACGACAAAUGUCGGCACUAGCUAAUAAGCUAAUGUCAACAAAGGCGAUGGGAGGAAACUGUGAGGAAACUUUCAGCAUGACAAGUGAGGAUUUUAUGACACUUGCUUACACGAAAAGUCCGAAAACAUCGAGAAGGACGACAUUUCAGGUGAAAAAUCUGUUUAUCGUCUUUUGUAACAAUAUGCGACUCGAUUAGUCAGACCAGAUGAGAAGAUAAAUCUUAAUACCAACUUUAUUUGAUGUCUUUGCAGGAUGAGCUCAAGGCUGCUGUCUCUGCCAGGGCAAACAAACCCAAAACAGACCACUCCUCGUAUUCCGAUGACUUCAACGAGGAUGAAGAUGGUAAGAUUGGGGGGCUUGGACAUGAGUGCCUCAAGAGAUAGGGGUUUUUGUGGUAAAUAUCACUGUAUCUGUGACUGGAGACAGCUACUGAGCUACUCAGCUAUCUAAAUCCUUUUUAAAUUAACUAAUUGUUGUUUAAUGAAUCAUAAAUUUAACAUUUUUAUGCUCCUUUAUUUAAUUUAUUUCAUUUCAUUUUCCUAGAUAUUUCGGUAAGAGUAUGUUUCACAUCUGAUUAGCUUAUUUACUGUAUUUCUUAUUCUAUCUCUGGUAUUUCCUUGCUAUAGUUGAGGAAUAAUUCUUGCUUUUGGUCAGUACAUUAUGGCUAGAAACAGUUUUCAUUGUCCUCCAUUACAUGAAUGGUGCAAUAAUAGUAAAUGCUUACUUUAUUUACUGUUUGAUUGAUUGUUCUUUGACAUUCUGUGUUUCACAGAUUUUCUUAACAAACUCCUCAAAUCAAGGAAAAAGAAGACCAGUGCACUCAGGGCUGAGAAAAGCAAAACCAAAAUCAAUGACUUUGAGCUUUCAGAUGAUGAAAGCAAACACAGCAGGACAAAGAGAGUCUCGUUUUUGAAAACCCAGAGAAUUAGCUCUUCCUCGUCAGACACAACAGCAUCACAUGAAAAGGAGUCUCUUGACCAACCAGCCAGUCAAAACAAUGACCAUGAAGAUUCAUGGUUCUCACAACUCUCCACACCUGCCAGUGAAGGUGAUGUACCAUCGAAGAGCAGCAAUGUGGAGUUUAGCGAUUCUCAGAUCUCAAGACAGAGCUCAAGUAGGUCUCUGUCAUACCAGACAUCAGGGGAUACUCUGUUGGACAUGCCUUUACCUUUACCAAGUGACAACAGUGGAACGGUUACACCAGAAAAGAAGAGCAGCUCUCCACAGACUGUGCGGUUUCCAGCAGCUGAGCUCAAAUAUGCUUCCUCAGCAGGUCAGUUAACUUGGCGUCAUUCACGAGAGGCGAAGAGCAUUACAAAUGCCACAUACAUUCCACAUAGUUGGGUUUUAAAUGUGAUAUCCCUCUAACUUUCAUUUUACAGACAGUACUACUGAGAGGGAACCACCCAGGCCGAAACCAAGGCAAAGGACUCUGGGAUUGAACGUUCAAGUUACAGAAAAGAUAGCUGAAGAUGCUGAACCUGAGGCUCUCAGCGGGGCUCAGACUUCCUCUGCAUCCAUUCCUGUCUCCACUGAUACAGACGGCACCGCAACAGUAACGACCUGUAGUCCACACACAAGCCUAGUUUUUUAAUACUUGUGGUUAAGGGUGAAAAAGGAAACCUUUUCUAAUCGGACCACAUGUUUGUUUUGUCUUUAGUGGACGGAUAAAGAACACACAGUUUCACGAAGCUUCAGCAAGUCCUCUUCAAGCAAGAGUGACCUGUCACAGCUCAUGACCAAGUCCACAGUUGACUCUGGAUCCAGAAGUAAUUAGUGACAUGUUCAAUACUAAGGUUUUGUUUAAAGUUGCUCUCAACCCACUAACCAUCUUUAUUUCAUUUACUGAUUCAGAGAGCUUGUUUUCUGAUGAUAGCAAAGAAGAGGAAAGAAAGUACUCGACAUCAUUUGAGGAGUUAAAUGUGAGUCAUUAAUUUUAUUAAAGUAUGUUAAAUAUACUGAGUCUCUUACUGUGAUAGGAUUAGAUCUUCGUAGCUCUGAUUAUUGUCGUGUUUCAGCAGGACUCGGAGGAUCACUCAGAUCAACCCUCUCAUGUCCAGGAAAAAGCAUCUGACGGCAGGUAGGUGAUCUAGAUGCAACAAUAUAAAACCUUCAGCUCCAGAACAGGAAAUUAAGUUCAAUGUCUGUCAUUGUGUUGAAAAUAGGACACCAAGUUCUGACUCAAAGACCACCCAGAGAUCUCAGAGUACGUGCUCCAAGAAAGUGGAGUCAAAGUAUUUGGGGAGUCUCAAAGUCCUGGAUCGCAGAGUUUCACUCCAAGAGUCUCAGCCUCAAGAAGCAGCUUCAAUGAGAGCUGCUGUUUACCAGGUUAGUGUGAUAGUGAGCCUGUCAUGUGGAGAACAGUAACCAGUAAAUGGAGGAAAGUGGGUGGAGUCAAACACAAAAUCAGUCCUGGUAUUUUUGCUCCUCACUGAAGCAACACAAAUGAAGCUCUAGUCAAUCCUGAUGCUUUGACAGUGAUUUUUCAGAGUUCACUUUAGUUGUCAUUAUAAAAACUUGUUAGUAGAAAUAUGCUCAUUAUGACCGAUUACUAGUCCAACCUGGAAGAAACGCUCCUGUUAGACUCUCAGUGUUCUAGUUUACACGUUUGGUCCCACAGGAAUGGCUCAAAAAGAAGAAGGAAAAAUCAAGAGAAAACAUGCAACUCAAGAAGAAAGAGGCAACCUUGGAAGAAAAAAAGAAAAUGGUAAUGCUUUUUUGUAGAUUGUACGUGCAGAACCACAGAUGCUUGAAUUCUCACCAGAGUAUUUUAGUUUGCACUUUCCUUUCUUUCCAUAAAAAAAUAAAAAAAAACAGGAAGAAGAGGCUAAAAAGGGAGAUGCUGUCGCAUCAUACCAGGCUUGGAAAGAAAGGAAAGCGAACAGUCUCAGAGCAAAGGCCAAAGAAAAGCAAGAAACGAUCAGAAAAGAGCAAAAGGCGACCGAAGAGAAAGAGGAGAAAAGACAAUCUGCCAAACAGGUAUAACUUUCAUUCAUUGUUAACUUUUCUGAAUCAUAGAAGAAGCCUGUGGAGGAAUGUCAUAUUAGAGAACAAUAUCAUAAAUGCUACAGGUGUUUGAAAAAUGGAAACAGGAGCACGAUCACCUGUUAAAGGAAAAGCACAGAAAACAAAGAGAAGCUGAAAAAAAACAGAAGCUGAAAACACAAGAGAAAGAGGAGGAGAGAAAGAGAGACAGCAAAUCUGCUUUUAAUAACUGGUGAGUGUUUAUUUCAGACUUUUCAAACAUUACUCAUUUCUUUUAUACAAUGGAAACUUUGUGUAACAUACGCCCUCUCUGUACACUGCAAAUGUUUCGUAUUUUACACAACUUGCCUGAAAAGUGAAAGCAGCACUGGCUGUGAUGUUCACAGUAGAGUUGAAUCAGUUAAACGUGUCGUGCUGUCAGAGUCAACAGGCUCAUUGUGACACAAAAGAAACACAACACAAACAUUAUGCACCUUUGCUAUGUAAUGGCUAAGUGGAAGAUAAGUUGUUUUUUUAUAACAUUUCCCAAUAAUUCUGAAUAACUCUUAAGACACCGUGUUGAAUGUGUAUUUCAAGUUGCUGCAGUCAGUGGUCACAACCUCUAGAUGGCAGCCAAGACUAAAAGAUUAUCAAUGUUCGAUCUCUUCUAUCUCAGCCAACUAACCAUCAACACAGAAAUUGGCUUGAAUCUCACGCCAUUUCUUUCUAUAAAUGUGAAGGAACGAGAAGAAGAAAGAUGUUCUCCAUGAGAAAACUGUAAAAGAGCGCAAAGAAAUCAGAACUAAAGCAGAGGAGGAACAUUACAUGAAGGAAGAAAGAGACAGCAUGGCUUCAGAGAUGUAUGAAAACUGGCUGGUAAGUAGUUUAUCUCAUCGUACCUGCUAUUACUAUUGUUAUUACUCAGAGAAGUGCUUACAGUGAAGAAGUCUACAAGGGUUAAUAAGACUGAUUCAUUUUUCCAACAGGUAAGGAAAGACCUAGAACAGAGGAGAAAGAAAGAAGAAAGACGAAUACAGGAGAUACUCAGAGACAGUCCCCCUCCACCAUGGAGCCCUCCAAAUAAAACUAUACCAUUCAGGAAAUAACACCGGAAAUCUGUAGGUGGUAGGUUUGAAGAGGAGGUUUCACUCUCUUUUCUGAAGUUUAUUCUAAACAAAGCUGACAUCAGCUUUUAGUUUUGUAUGAACCAGGAAGUGUAGCGCUAGUUCAUAUUUUUAUACAUGAUUUGUUUAAAAUGUUGCUGUGGAUUUGGAAAAGUUGACACUGUGUGUUAUCUAGUAUGAAAGGAGAGCAGUGUGAGUACUGUGAAAUAAGUACAUUUUUUUGUUUUUGUUUUAUUUUGUUGUUUCAAAUUGUCUCAAAGGCAGAUUUUUAGGUUUAUGUUUUUAAUUUCCAUGCAAAGUUCAUAUUUUGGUAAUGAAAUACAAGAUGUUCCAAAAGACCACUUAAUCUCAUUGAGACUGAUCUGUUUAAUAACCACAGUUUGAUGUCUUGGUUAUUUUUUAAAAUGCAGUGAUUUACAGUCUUCAAAAUUGUUUCCAAUGAUACGACAUAAUCAGCUGAGUCCUCCCCACCAUCAGGAGAGGGAUUCUUGAAACAAGUUCCCACAGAGGGGAGCAAUUUGGAUUUACAACUCAAGUUGUCCUAAUUAGAGACUCUGUUACUGCCUUUGUUAAUUACUCAUUGUAAACCAUGUGUUCAUGCUCUUAAGUACAAUAAAAUACUUUCUCAGAA